AUGUCGAUCACUGAUGAAGACCUCCAGUUUAUGGCGGACGGUUUGUGGCAAGAUGCACUUCUGCCUGACAUAACCGACAUCUACGGAAUUGACAUGGGCACGGCCGGUGAGGCGAUUGAGACACCUGGGGACAGGUUGCUGAACCCGCCCGAGACCGGCAGAGGCAAUGACAGAGCGAAAUCGUCUUCAAGCAAGAAAGUAUCGCCUGCCACAAAACCCGUCAAGACCUCAAAGAGCAAGGUCAAGCAAUCUAAAGAUGAGGGAGCGCCUCCAAUGCCCGACCUCUACCUCUCCUCGCCCGUCGAAGUCCGGCCCAAAAAGGGCGGCAAGAUGAGCAAGUCCAUGAAGGGUGCAUCGCAGAACGAGUCUCAGAGAGGUAGGCCACACGGUCCAGCCAAGCCACACAAACCAAACGCCAUGUUUCCGGAACUGGAGACCGACAAUGGCGACCCCUACGAACUGCCAAUCUCGCCCAAGUCAAACUACAGACCUCAGGAUACUGUUGGAAUUGAGAAAAGAACAAGCAACAAAAGCACAUCACCAGUGGCCGUACCCAAGCCAUCCAGCCCUGUCGGAGGACUGAUCCCUUCGGCCAAGCAGCCUGUCAAGAAUCAGAAGCGAGUUGCAAAGCGGUCGUUUCUCGACCCUCCCUCCACGCCGCUGCAAUCAGACACCAAAGUGGCCACAACCCAGAUGCCGCUGCCUAAUCCUACUACAAAAGAUACAAACCCUGUUGUCCCAGCCACCAAGUCGGUGCGGAAGCCCAAGGCUACCAAGAGGCCGGCACCUGCAAAGAAGGCAGCAAAGCCCAGAGAGACCAAGAAGAAGACAGUUGCCCGUCCUCCUCCCGUCAAAGAAAAGAAGGUGGGGCACGCAGAAGACAAGUACCACAUUCAAGAUGGCACUGUCUCCGCAGAGAACAAGAAUACGGAGAAUGAGAACAUCACUAAGAAGCUUCGGCCGCGUAGUGAGCGUGCGCCUAUUAUGAUUAGCUCAGACUCGGCGAGCAGCUACGAGAAAGAUGGCUACGAGUCGGAUGUCGCCUUUGUCCCUGAUACCGGCAUGACAUCCAUCACAACUCCUGUUGCACAGAUGGAUCCCCCUGAUUCAGUUGCGAAACUACUGUCCAAGCCGGUGACGGACAGGUCUGUGGCAGCAUCCUCGGGACGGCCAAAGCACGACGAAGUCUCCGCUGAUGCCAACCACAAGAAUGCCAGCACUCGCAAGUCUGUCAAGGUCAAGAAGGAGAUGAUGAAUGAUGGCGAGGAAUCUGUCAUUCGUGGCAGGCAGCUUUCUCGCAGUGUGCAGUCUCUGGAAAUGCAAAAUUCGCACCAAAAGCGCCAGAGAUCACCUUCCGCCGCACCAGAUCAUCGCGCAGCACCAAAGAAACAGAGAGCGGAGCCGGUUCGCACCGAAUCCCGGGUGCGCAACGUGCUCCAGCAAAUGGCUGUGCCUAAAGAUCCCUUUGUCGAAGAGAUGGACGAGAAUGAGCCAAAUCGGACGCGCUUUACGGCCAAAUUGCUUCAAAGCGCCGCUCCGCCUGUGCAACCAGCUCAGCCUUCAACGCAGACAGCACCGCGCUACGAUAAGCAGCACCACGUUGCACAGCACAAGUCGCACCAUGUUGCACCCAUGCCUCAGGUGCCGCCGAGCUCUCAACCUGAUGGCCCUUGCCAGGCAAAGUCCAAGCCUGUCGAUUCGGAUGGCAUCGCGCGUGAGAUGAUGAAGCUUCUCGCUGCCGGGGCGAACGACAGCCCUGGCCGGGCGCAAACUGCCAGGGACAUUUGGCUGGAGGAGAUGGACCCAUACAAAGAGACAGGCCAAAUCAUGGGCUAUGUUUGCAAGACCAUCCUUCGCUUCCUCAAGUCCAAAGAAGCGGCCAUCGAAGAUGUGGCCGAAGAGUAUCAGCAGCGCGGAGCAGCCGUCCUCGCCCGCAUGGGUGCCCUACACGGACGUGAGCGCUGUGCCCUCAUCCAUACCUUUGAACAGAGCCGGCAGAGGUCGCUUGCUGUUUUUGAAGCCGCACAGCGCGACGUGCACAUACUAGCGGCUCGGCUCGAGCGACUGAAUCUGGCCCCCGUGAUCCAGGACGUGCUGGCUGAUAAUGCCGGCUCCCGGCUGCGCUUGUUGCAGGCCGAGAUGGUGUAA